CCCUCUCUUUCUCUCUCUCUCUCUCUCUCACUCACACACACAACACACACACAAGAGACACCAUCGUUCUUGAAGAUAUGCCUCCGAGGAAGAAGCCGACCAAACCCACCACCGCCGGCGCCAGUGGAUCAAAAAAAUCAAACCAAACCCAACAACAAUCAUCCCAAAAACCCUCCAAAUUCGGCAUCCAACACUUCUUCGAUCGCCACACACAAAACUCACAGAAACACCAACCCCCUAAAGAACCUGCGACCAAGCAAUCCUCGGACCCAGAAAAACCAAGUAGCAGUGACGGGGUUGCGGUCCGCAAUGAAGCUAAAUGCAGUUCCGAUUUGGGGAUAAACCCUAGAAAUAAUAAUGUUGGUGGAAAAAACGGGUCUCAGAGUACUCCUACUGAGGAUUUGUUACCGGUUGUUGUUAGGGAAAAUGGAAGUGGGAAUCAGUUGUUGGAGGUUUCGCCGGAGUUUUGCAAAUCUGUUUCUCGGAAACGGAUAAAGUUUUCACCUGGGAUGUUGAUAAACCAAAGCCAGGAUGAUGGAGGUGAUGAAGUCACAUGGAGAAUUUCACCAGUUAACGAGCGACUUUAUGCACUGACAAAGAAUAUAGCGGACGGGCGAAAAGUUUUAAAAGAAUGUUCACGGUUCAACAUUAUGAAGUUUAAACAAAGUUCUGAUGACAAGGUUUCUUCUUCUUCUUCUUCAACAGUCAAGCUUAUAAAGGGGAUUAAUUUGGAAAGCCGUAACCUUGAGCAAGAUAUGCUUUCAUGCGGUAGUAACGAGAAAGCAACUGAUAAGAGUAAUGCAAGUUUUAGGAGUCCUUUCACGACCCCACCGUCAUGCCAUAAUAAGACUUCUGAUAGCAUAGAUACUAAUGGAGAAUCAAGUCAUCUUGGUUCAAGGCAACACAAAAAGGCAUUGCUUGAACUGCUAGAUCAAGUAGAAGACGUAAUAUGUGUUGAAGAUCAAGUAUCUACAGAUACCAGAACCGCAUCAACUUCAUAUGGAAGUAAACAAAGCAAUGAAAUACGAUUAAAGUCCGACGUUGUAGAAGGAUCAUCAGUGGGUUCAACCAAAAAUGUCACGACAGAACCGGCCAAUGUCUAUUUUCUUGUGUUUGAGGUAUCGGAGAAGCAGUUUGUAGGUUCAAAUGGUUUACAGCGUACUUCAAAGGUUUUAAGGUUACUGGAUGAGGAAUGUGGAGAAGAGCGGUCUGUGUAUUUGUCAGAUGAUUGGUUUUAUAGUGUCAUAGCACCUGGAGAUACCGUACAUGUUAUUGGUGAAUUCAAUGAGGGAAUAUGUGAGGUGAACCGUGACAAAAAUUUUCUAAUCGUUCACCCGGAUAUAUUGGUAUCUGGAACCCGGGUGGCUGCUAGUUUCAGCUGUCCACGACGCACCGUUCUGGAUGAGAGGUUAAAAAACAAUGAACAGUCAGCUGCAGCACUAGUUGGCACUUUAUUGCAUCAACUAUUCCAGGCUGGACUUCUUAGGGAAAGUCCAACCAAGGAGUUUCUUGAAGAGUAUGCAAGAGUCUUGCUUCAGAAGAAUUAUGAGAGCCUAUUUGCUUGUAAAGUAUACGAAGGUGACAUUCACAAGACCAUGCUCGAAGCAAUCCCACGGUUAUUAAAGUGGAUCUUGUUCUUCCGAGAUUCAAAGAGCCCUUCUUCUAGUGUUGAUUUUGGAUCUAAUGAUGGAGUUAAGAAGGUGAAGGUAUCCGAGGUGAUUGAUAUUGAGGAAAUGGCGUGGGCUCCAAAAUACGGGUUAAAAGGAGUUAUAGAUGCAUCUAUGCAUGUAAAAGUUGCUUCUAAAUCUAAUCAAACCACCGAUUUUAUAAUGCCCCUAGAGUUCAAAACCGGAAAAGCAACUAAUGGGCAGGCAGCCAUUGAACACAGUGCCCAAGUGAUGUUGUAUACUCUCCUUAUGUCCGAAAGGUACAAAAAGAAUAUAGAUUAUGGUCUACUAUAUUAUCUUCAUACAGAUCAGACCCAGGGAAUUGCUGUUCGGAGAUCUGAUUUGGUCGGGCUAAUUAUGCGACGUAAUGAACUUGCUAGUGAUCUUCUGAAGGCAUCGAUGACUCAGCAACUUCCACCAAUGUUGCAGGUCCCAAACACAUGCAAAAAUUGUAGGCAUCUUAACGCUUGUACAGUCUACCAUAAGGCACAUAGCGGAAGUAUUGAGGGCAGCGGAUUAGGUGACGUUUACAGCUCACUUGUGAACCAUUUAACAACUGGUCAUUGUAACUUUCUUAAGAAAUGGGAAAGGUUGAUUGAUUUAGAAGCAAAUGAAUUGGAGGUUGUGAGGAAAGAAAUGUGGGGCCGGCGUAGUAUGAACGGUUCACAUUCAAGUACUUGUCUAUCCUCCAUUGUUCUUGACACUUCAGAUCAAGUUCCAGAUAAGAACUUCAUUCAAGGCAAUCGGUUUGUUUAUCGCUUUAUGCGUCAAGAUUUAAAUCCUUCAUCUUCAGGAAAAGACUUGGAAUGCUCACUUAAAACCGGAGACUACGUGAUCUUGAGCACCGAUCCUGGCCGUCUAGUGGUCGGAAGAGGUGUAAUAAUGGACAUGACCCGCAUCAAUGUCACGAUUUCGUUUUCAAAGCGUUUAAGGCUUCCAGGGAGCAGUCCUUCUAAAAUCAUUCAUGAUCUUUGUCAAGAGGUUUGGAGGAUCGAUAAAGACGAAUUUACAGCAUCAUUUGCAAUGAUGAGGUUCAAUCUCAUUCAAAUGUUUCUACAAGAUGAUAGGAGUUCCCACCUUCGAAGCAUGAUCGUUGAUCUUAAUGCUCCUAGAUAUGACGGUAGCUGUAUAUUCAGUCAAGAUCCUGCCGUAUCCUACAUUUGGUCAGAGAAAACGUUAAACGACGAUCAACGCAAAACAAUACUUAAGAUACUUACGGCUAAGGAUUAUACACUUAUUCUCGGAAUGCCUGGUACCGGAAAGACUUCGACCAUGGUCCAUGCGGUCAAGGCAUUCUUAAUGAGAGGCGCUUCCAUCUUGCUAACAUCCUACACAAACUCCGCCGUUGAUAAUUUGCUCAUCAAAUUAAAAUCUCAGGGCAUUGAUUUUAUACGUAUUGGUAGAGAUGAAGCCGUGCAUGAGGAAAUUCGCAGCCAUUGUAUUAAUGGGGCUGAUAUGCAAAGCACCAAAGAUAUUAAGACGAGACUAGACCAAACGAAAGUUGUUGCAGUGACAUGCUUAGGGGUGUCCAGCCCUUUGCUUUCUGACAAGAAAUUUGAUGUAUGCAUUAUGGAUGAGGCUGGACAGAUCACACUUCCCGUCUCGUUGGGACCUUUGAUGUUCGCAUCAAUGUUUGUACUCGUGGGUGAUCAUUAUCAACUGCCUCCACUUGUACAGAGUACGGAAGCUAGGGAAAGCGGAAUGGGUGUGAGCCUCUUUUGCAGACUUUCAGAAGCACAUCCGCAGGCGAUUUCAGCUUUGCAAAGCCAGUACCGUAUGUGCGCGCCCAUUAUGGAGCUAUCCAAUGCAUUGAUAUACGGUAAUAGAUUACGUUGCGGUUCUCCUGAUGUAGCAAAUGCAAAACUUGUGUAUACAAGUUCGACCUCUAUGUCAUUAUGGCUAAAGAAGGUUUUGGAUCCACUUAGACAAGUAAUAUUCAUUAAUACAGAUCUUUUGCCUGGUUUAGAGGUUAAAGAUUGCAAGACGGUAAAUAACCCACUUGAAGCGUACAUAGUCACAGAGAUAACCGAUAAAUUGACUUGUCAAGGCAUUCGGGGAGAAGAUAUCGGUGUCAUAACGCCUUACAAUUCUCAAGCCAAUCUCAUUAAACAAUAUGUUUCAAGCUCAGUGGAGAUACACACCAUUGACAAAUACCAGGGAAGAGACAAAGAUUGCAUAUUGGUAUCCUUUGUAAGGUCAAGCGAUAAUCCAAAGAACUGCAAAUCUUCACUGCUUGGGGACUGGCACAGGAUCAAUGUGGCCCUCACCCGUGCCAAGAAAAAGCUGAUAAUGGUUGGGUCACAGAGAACAUUGUCAUUUGUUCCAAUAUUGAAACUUUUAAUUGAGAAAGUAGAAGAAGGAUGUUCCAUAUUGAAUGUAAAUAAAGAAGACAUUGAUAUUAACAGUCAACACAAAGGAGAGCUCAAGAGAUGCUCUCAGUUGAGGUCACUCUAGAUUUUUGUAUCCUGUAUUCCACAACUCAAAUUGGUUGAUAUGAAAUAAGUUAAUUCAUGUCACAUUUUUUGGUUCA